UUGCGUCUCCAUCUGCACCAUCGCCCCGGCUCGUCCUGGACGCUGGGCGCGCGGCCCGGUGAGGCCCAAGCUCCGGGAAUUGACCGGCCGAGGGGCGGAAGCCCGCAAGAAACUUCAGCUGGCGGGGUAAGCUUUCUUUUCUCUGAAGCGCUCGGCCGAGUGGACCCCCGUCCCCGUCCAGCAAACCGCGGCGCUUGCACGGAAGCUGGGAAGCGUCGGGUGCGUGUGGAUUAGCAACCCUGCGGAAACCAGGCCCCCAGCUAGUUGGUUCCGCCGGGGGAGAAGGGCGGCCAGCCGAGCCAGACGAGACUGCCACCAAGUGGAGCCUUGACCCCAAGUCACCCUGAGGCGUCGUCGGCUGCAGGCCGCCACCUCCCGGCUGGAACGGGAGUUCCUUCCUGCUCCAGGCUGAUGCUUCUGCCUACUGGCAAGGAAAGAAGCUUGAAGCCCGGGGAAUGGCAGCCAGGGAGAAGGGCUCCACCUGCAACCUAGGUCAACCUGUUGUCUGUGAGAGCUGCUGAUCUUCUGGAGCCAAGAGUCGAAACCACACUUUUCUUGACGACAGGGACCGUGUCUUCUCAAAAAAAGGAAGGAGUUCUACUGUCUUCUAGUAAAACGGGUUUAUACAAUAAUGGAGUCUAUGCUGGUUUUACCAAUGGAAGAAACUGUUAAGAGGAACACUGCUACGAAAUACAAAAUAAUCUGUAUUGUUCUUCUUGCUUUGUUGGUGAUUGUGUCACUUGGAUUGGGCCUGGGGCUUGGACUCAGGAGACAAGAAGAGCAAGGCAGUUGCAGGAAGAAAUGCUUUGAUUCUUCAUUCAGAGGAUUGGAGAACUGCCGGUGUGAUAUGGAAUGCAAGCAGAGAGGCGACUGCUGUUGGGAUUUUGAAGACACUUGUGUGGAAUCCACUCGAAUAUGGACAUGCAAUAGAUUUCGUUGUGGGGAGACCAGACUAGAGUCCAGCCUCUGCUCUUGUUCGGAUGAUUGUCUGCAGAGGAAAGACUGCUGUACUGACUACAAGAGUGUCUGCCAAGGAGAAACACCAUGGGUGAAAGAAGAGUGUGGCACAGCCCAGCAGUCUGAGUGUCCAGAAGGAUUUGAACUGCCACCAGUUAUUUUGUUCUCCAUGGAUGGAUUUAGAGCUGAAUAUUUGCAGACAUGGGAUGCCCUCAUACCUAAUAUUAAUAAACUGAAAACAUGUGGAAUUCAUUCAAAAUACAUGAGAGCUGUCUAUCCAACGAAAACCUUCCCAAAUCAUUAUACUAUUGUCACGGGAUUAUAUCCAGAAUCCCAUGGCAUCAUUGACAAUAAUAUGUAUGAUGUAAACCUCAACUUGAAUUUUUCACUUUCAUCAAAGGAGAAAAAUAAUCCAGCCUGGUGGAAAGGGCAACCAAUCUGGCUGACAGCAAUGUAUCAAGGUUUAAAAGCUGGUAGUUUCUUUUGGCCUGGAUCAGACGUGGCCAUCAACGGAUCCUUUCCUUCCAAAUAUAUCCAUUACAACAGGAGUAUCCCAUAUGAAGAAAGGAUCUCUACACUGUUAAAAUGGCUGGACCUGCCCAAAGCUGAAAGACCUGAUUUUUAUACCAUCUAUGUGGAAGAGCCUGAUUCUGCGGGACAUGAAAGUGGGCCAGUCAGUGCCACAGUAAUUCAAGCCUUACAGUUGGUAGAUAAAGCUUUUGGAAUGUUGAUGGAAGGCCUCAAACAGCGGAACUUACACAACUGUGUCAAUAUAAUCCUUUUGGCUGACCAUGGAAUGGAUCAGACUUACUGUGACAAGAGGGAAUAUAUGACUGAUUAUUUUCCUCGAAUAAACUUCUACAUGUAUGAAGGGCCUGCCCCUCGUAUCAGGGCUCGUAAUAUACCUCAUGACUUUUAUAGUUGUAAGUAUGAAGACAUCUGUCUGAAAAAAAAAAAAGUUAAUUCUGAAGAAAUUGUUAGGAACCUCAGUUGCCGGAAACCUGACCAGCAUUUCAAACCCUAUCUGACUCCCGAUUUGCCAAAACGACUACACUUUGCCAAAAAUGUCAGAAUUGAUAAAGCUCAUCUUUUGGUGGAUCGGCAGUGGCUGGCUGUGAGGAGUAAAGCAUAUUCAUUCUGUGGAGGAGGCAAUCAUGGUUAUAACAAUGAAUUUAAGAGCAUGAAGGCUAUCUUCUUGGCACAUGGAUCCAGUUUUAAAGAGAAAGCUGAAAUUGAACCAUUCGAAAAUAUUGAAGUCUAUAACCUUAUAUGUGAUCUUCUACACAUUCAACCAGCACCAAACAAUGGCACCCACGGUAGUUUAAACCAUCUUCUGAAGGUACCUUUUUAUGAGCCAUCCCAUGCAGAGGAAGUGUCAAAGUUUUCUGUUUGUGGCUUUACUGUUCCGUUGCCCACAGAUGCUCUAGAUUGUUCAUGCUCUGAGCUACAAAAUAAUACUUCUCUAGAACACGUGAAUCAAAUGCUAAAUCUCCCUCAAGACCAAAUAACAGCAACAGAGAAACUAAAUUUACCAUUUGGGAGGCCCAGGGUUAUGCAGAAGAACAAGGAACACUGUCUUCUAUAUCACAGGGAAUAUGUCAGUGGAUUUGGAAAAGCUAUCAAGAUGCCCUUGUGGAGCUCAUAUACAGUACCCAAACCAGGAGACACAUCGCUUCUUCCUCCCACUGUUCCAGACUGUCUGCGGGCUGAUGUCAGAGUUGCUCCUUCUGAAAGCCAAAAGUGUUCCUUUUAUUUAGCAGACCAGAAUAUCACCCAUGGCUUCCUCUAUCCUCCCGCAAACAACAGGACUUCUGAUAGUCAAUAUGAUGCUUUAAUCACAAGUAAUUUGGUCCCUAUGUAUAAAGCAUUUAAAAAAAUGUGGGAUUACUUCCACAGUUUUCUUCUUGUAAAACUCUCCAUGGAAAGAAAUGGAGUAAAUGUGGUUAGUGGACCAGUAUUUGAUUAUAAUUAUGAUGGUCAUUUUGAUGCUCCAAAUGAAAUCACAGGAUACCUAACGAACACUAGUGUUCCCAUCCCAACGCACUACUUUGUGAUGCUGACGAGUUGCAAAAACCGGAGCCACACCCCUAAUGCCUGCCCUGGGUGGUUGGAUGUCCUACCUUUUAUUAUCCCUCACCGACCUACCAAUGUUGAGAGCUGUCCGGAAGGUAAACCAGAAGCCGUUUGGAUUGAAGAAAGAUGGCAAGCCCAUGUUGCUCGGGUCCGUGAUGUGGAACUUCUUACUGGGCUGGACUUUUACCAGGAAAAAGCACAGCCUGUCUCUGAAAUUUUGCAACUAAAGACAUAUUUACCCACAUUUGAAACUAUAAUUUAACCUAAUAUAUAAAUGAAUUCUGGGAGAAUAUAAAUGAUUCUUUCCUGUUAAAUAAUCACAAAAUAAAACUUUCUAUUUUUCCUUAACUCCUUAAAAAA